UGUUGAACGUUAAUCCAGAUCAGAAUGGACAGAGCAGGCAGAACAACAAAAUGCAGAUUGCAGAAGGAAUUUAAUGACUGUGGGCUGACACUCAUCAGGGGGAGCAGCCUGCGUAUUUGUACUUUUGUAGAAUUUCGAAUAGUUCCCUCGCAUUUUGAGAGGCGUUAAAUCACAAGAUUAUUGUGCAACCACAAAGAAAGAGUGACAAAGAACGGGAUUCGCUGGAUAUAUUAUACGGACAAAGGAAAGCUGUAUUCUAAGAAUUGAUUGUAAACAACCGAGCUACUACAUUUGGGAACAUUUAAAAUGGUUUCAAGUAAUUUUUCCUUCAGAACGUUUAUUGGUUUCCGUGUUCCAGAAAUGUAAUGCAACGUAGCCUACUCUACAAUUAUAAAGUAAUUCACUUUACAGUGACCUGCGAUACGAUUUGUUAUUCUAUUCGGAGUCAAAAGAAAGAGAAAAUAAUAGAGAAAGAGAUUACCUAUCGAUUGAGAUAAGACUGGAAUGUUAUAUCCUGCAAGGAGACAGGAAGAUUGUAACGAUAUGGGAAAAAGGAGCCUUCCCUGAACUGUAAAAAUGUAUCCAUCACACAGAGAAAGGGAACAACCCAUCUUCAGUGCCAGAGCACACGUCUUCCAGAUAGACCCGGCCACCAAGAGGAACUGGCUCCCUGCCAGCAAGCAUGCAGUCACCGUCUCCUUCUUCUACGAUGCCAACCGGACUGUGUAUCGCAUCAUCAGUGUGGGGGGCACCAAGGCCAUCAUCAACAGCACCAUCACCCCCAACAUGACAUUCACCAAAACAUCCCAGAAGUUUGGCCAGUGGGCUGACAGCCGUGCCAACACCGUGUACGGACUGGGCUUCGCCACCGAGCAACAGCUUCAGCAGUUUUCAGACCAGUUCAAGGAAGUGAAGGAGGCAGCACGUCUUGCCAGGGAGAAAUCCCAGGAGAAAUUUGAACUGAUCAACCCUGCGCUAAAUAUCGCUGCCCCUCAGGAGCUGUCAGAGGACCGCCACUCGCCGCCGCUGCUGACUGUCAAUGGGCCCGAGGAAAAGCUGUUCCGCAGUAAGAGCGCCGACAUGGAGCAGCUGACGUCAGAGAAGGAGCGCAUCAAGAAGAUGCUGUCUGAAGGGUCCAUAUGUGAGAUAAACCUGGAGGCAGAGCUGUUCACCCUGCAGCAUAGCAACGCUAAGCUAGUGGCGGCGCUUCACGAGGCUAACACUGGUGUGGUGGGGUGGAAGAAACAGCUGGCUGAGUAUCAGGAAGAGACUGAGAGGCUCCGAGAUCAGGUGGCAGAGCUGGAGGCUCAGAGUGGAGGGCCUGGUCCCAGUGGGUCUGAGACAAGGGAUGAGCUGACCCAGUCAUUGGAGGAGCUGGAAGCCUUGCUCAAAUCAAAAGAUGAGAUAAUCCACAAUCUACAUAGCAGGAAAUCAGAUAUCCAUGAGUUGGAGAAAGAGAGAGAAGAGGCUGUUCAGAGACUUCAGGAUCUGGAGACACGAAACGCAGAACUGGAGCAACGGGUGGAGAGCGCCGAGCAGACUCUAGCUUCCACUCUGGAGGAGCGGGAACAGGGGCAGAGUGAGGUUCAGCGGGUCGUCGACGUCCUUGAAGUCAAGAUAUACGACCUGAAUGACCUGCGACAGAGCUUGGCCAAGCUCAUCAGCAAAUAGCACACCACAAUGACAGAAGUUUUAAGGGCGAUGGACAAGGAAGGAAAAUUAAGCUCUUUCAGAACAAUGUUUUCUUAAGCACAUAACUGCAGUGAAUGAGAGUAGCACCUUGACUUCACCUGUUGCAGCUGUACAUAAGAACCAGUUAUAUUGUUAGGUGGGAGGCUGGGAGCAUAAUCCACAGGGUCCGUUUUUCUAUUUAAACGUUGUUCUGUUGACCUUUACACCAUUGUCAUGUACAUGUAGUUAGGUUAUGAUUCUGUCAACCUCCUUUUUAUAGAGGUUCUUAAACUUCAAACGUAGUUGAAUUGAAUCUGGGGUUGCGCUUAAAAAUGUAGGUGCCUAAUUAUUGUUUACAUUUGUCAAUAUUAUGAAUGAUGAAUAAGUUAACUUCUAUUGUCUUAUGUAUUGUAUUACAUCAACAGUUGCCAUAAUAAUGAUUUGGUGAUCCUACAGAGAAGUUACUGCAGAAUGAUGAGCUGCAGAGGACUUGUCACCAAAACUGCAUGAACUCCGCAAAUAACCUUGCCAAGUACAGUAAUGUGAGUUAUGCGCAUUAUCCAAUGUGCAAUCGUUUACAAAUAGAUUUAUUAAAAGCACAAGUAGUGUUAUUAGUAAAUAUGUCCUGUACUUGAUUCAAUACAUAUAGCUAACUUGGUAUCUGAACUUUCACUGAUGCACACCAAGUGAUUUUCUUCUGACCUCGACUUUGAGGCAUUUUUUUCUUGGUAUUAAGUACAAAUAAGGUUAAAUCAGUGUUGAAUUAGCAAUACUAUUUUUUGACAAGUACUCUAGGUUAUGUAGCAUCACCAAAGCAUAUUUUUGUUAAUUUAUACAAACUUCAAUUGUAUUCUGUUGAACAAUGUGGUUUCUCAUUUUGCUUCAAAUGAACAUUGACUACCUUGAAGUGUUUGUUACUGACUAUCCAUUUUAAUCCAACAAUUGAUGUGAGGAUAAUCGGAAAGUUUCACCUGCUCUGUGUACGUCAUGAUGCCUAUAUAUUCUUCGUUUUUGGAACAUGGUCGUUUUACAUUCUACUAGCCCAUCUCUGACCUUCUGGAGAAAAGUGGCCCAAAAAUGUUUUUUAACAAUACAAAAUGCAGUACCAAAGAUGCACUUACUUUUCUAAUCCACGUAGCAUACUCGUUCUGUACUGACUGGACUGCACGAUACAUUUUAAGAAAAUUAAAAAAUAACUUGAAUUGUCUAUGGAAUUUUUCUGUCAUUAAAAUUGAGAGUAGGAUCUCUUAUCCUUAUCCUCUUCAUAUUCACAAGUUAUUUAAGCCCUGUUUUCCAUAGGCAACGGGGCUAGCUCGAAUUGCGUUUCCACUGCCUCCAGAAAUUCCAAAUGAUGCCAUGUUGCUAGGUAGCCAAUGUAUGACUGCAGCUGGCUUCGCUAAUGUUGCUAGCUUCAGCAAGAUGUUGAAUUAUUUAAUUAAUGCUCACCAUGCUGUAACUAACGUUACACCAUACUCCUCCUGCCAGUGCCCGCCAGACUCUGCCUUGUAUUUAGCUUGCUAACGCUAGCUAGCUAAAUGGUUAGUGUCAUCGCUAGCAUAACAGGCUAACGUUAGCUAGCUGAAUUCCUACCUCGCUUACAAUGGCAUUGGCAAUUAGCUAGCUAGCAAACCAGACGACAGGUUUGAUAGAAUGUAGCUUUAAAUACGCCCUGGCCAGCUAAAGUUUCUAGCUAGCUUGUUUCAACUCUGAUUUGCUAGCUAGCAUUUGAGGGUUGAUUGUUCUCAUGAAAGUUGAUUGUGUAGUGCAAAACAUUUACGAAGGAUCCAGAUAUGGUGGUAAUUCGCAUCAUGUCUGACUACUGCAGUACUGCUUUUCCAUGUGCUAGCUAACAGGAACAAUCCCAGACUAGCUAAACUUGGUGUCAGCAUCCAGCAGUGAUCAAGCUGGUGGUUGCAUAGUAAUGGUUCAGCCUGAAUUAUAGUCGGGCUGGCACCAGUUGUGGAACUGGGCUGCGCUAGCCCGAGUUUCCCUCGAAUUUGAGAAUUGCAUUCGAGCCAGAUCGAAUUUGGCCCUCAUUUUAAGUGCCAGUGGAAAUGGGGCUUUUUUGACCACCACCAAUACUUCAAAUACCUCAGCAAACUGAUUUCUUAAUUCAUCCAGUGUUUCAGCGUGUUUAAAUACUGUAAAAAAGUAUCACCCCCCCCAAGUAAUCAUAAAACAUUAUUGGAUAGGUGAAAGGUGGUGUAUAUUUGUUGUAUUUUCCUGUAAUUUCACAAGGGAGUAAAGUAAUCAUUUUCCAGUAUUAAAACAGGGCCUUACUAAUCACACUGAACAACACACUUGCCUGAUUUGACCUUACUUUCAGCAUAGGAGGAACCCAUGUUUAUAAUAUUGAAAAUGGAAGUUAUUGUAUGUGUAACUAAAAUCUUUGUGUACAGUUCAACAUUAAACGUUUGCAAAAAUGUG